CUCUUCUCCCAGAGGGAGAGGUGGCUUCUGUGCAGCUAGGGUGGAGGCAGCAUGGCUAGAGAUGCACCAGGGGGAGAUUCGUGUGAGGAGCUGGACCAGACGAAGUAUGAUGCAGAUGAGAACGUGAAGAUUAUCUGUCUGGGGGACAGCGCUGUGGGGAAGUCCAAGUUAAUGGAAAGGUUUCUCCUGGAUGGAUUCCGACCCCAGCAGCUCUCUACGUUUGCCUUGACACUCUACAAAUACACAACCAGUGUGGAUGGGAAGAAUAUCCUUGUGGACUUCUGGGACACAGCCGGACAGGAGAGAUUCCAGAGUAUGCAUGCAUCCUAUUACCACAAGGCCCAUGCUUGUAUCAUGGUGUUUGAUGUGCAGAGGAAGGUCACCUACAAGAACCUGAAUAACUGGUACAAGGAGCUGAGAGAGUUCCGCCCAGAGAUCCCCUGCAUUGUGGUGGCCAACAAAAUUGAUGCGGAUAUGAAAGUGACUCAGAAAAGCUUCAACUUUGCCCGGAAGUUCAAUCUGCCCUUCUAUUUUGUCUCAGCUGCAGAUGGUACCAACGUAGUGAAGCUCUUCAGUGAUGCUAUCAAACUGGCCGUUGCGUACAAACAGAAUUCAGGGGAUUUUAUGGAUGAGGUCAUGCGGGAGCUGGAGAACUUUGAGCUGCAGAAAAAGGGAGAAGACUCGGAUAAAGAGGAGAACUACCCUGAGGACAAGCCCCCCUCCGCCUGAGCCCAGGCCUCAGACCAACCUUGUGCUGCUCCCUAUCGCCCAGCUUUUUCAUGGCUGGUUAGAACCAUCACUCUGUCAGGGGAGAGCAGAUUUCUCAUGCACUGGCCGUGCUGGGAACCUAUGGCUGGGACCAUCCCUCCCUGGGAGGGAGGCUGUUUGGGCCUGAUCUUCCUGGCCUGGACCCCAUCCUCCUGAGCAUCCGGGACACAGAAGGAACAAGAAUACAUGUGACUGCUGCCUGCCCAUGUGGGAGGGAAGGAGGGCAUUUGCUGAGCUGUUGGGCACCUGCCUGCCCUGCAGGGAAGGGUCCUGCCCAGGUGUCUAUAAGCAGAGCCCAGAUUGAAAAAACCAACACUAAAGGAUUUUUUUACAAA